CAGAAUAAUUCCGUUAAUUCGACUGGAAUCAUCAUAUGAUUCAGUCACCUAGACUCGUAGAGUAUGUGCUGUUCUUAAAACUCAAUUCAAUAAUUGUCCAGAAAUUACCGAGCAACGAAAGUCAAUAUAUACUUCCUCACAACAAUAAUUUCUGCGCAGUUAACGAAGAGCAGAAAUGCGCAAGUACCGUAUAUUUUGGGUGCUGCUGGCGGCUUUUCUGACGCUGCAGCGAAGCUCGGCCGAGCCUGGCCCUGAGGUGCUUGCUGAGCAGCAAGGCUCGGCCGAUCCUGGCCCUCUGGUUGUCGCUGAGGACGAGUCGUGCAAGUCUAAAGUGAACGACUCGGAACUCCCCAUACAUCGGGCAAUCCGACAGAUCAGUUUCCCCGGCAUCAGCGAGGGCGGUCGCCGUCCAGGUCGGCCCCAGGGAGGGGGAGCCGCCCCCGUGGGCCAGUGCGGGAACUGCGUGCCCAUCGUGGCGUGCGCCCCGCUACUGGAGCAGGUCUCCACCACCUGCCAGCUCCCUGACGCGGGACUCGGCGUCUGCUGCCCAGUUCUUCCCAAGCCGAGCGUGGGACAGGGCGACAACAGACUCUUCACUUUGCGUCGUCAGCAAGUCCAGAUGAGAAAUUUGUCUCCUCACGAAGUUAAUUCGGCUUGCCAGAAAGGACUCAGUUUCCUCGGUCAAGUUACUGACCUCGAAUCCCAGCUCAUCGCGAAUAACCUCGUCUUGCCUGUCGACACGCCGGCUCACGGGCACCUCAAGUUCUUCAGAGUGACGCGUACCGCGCGUCAGGCAGACUUGGCAGCGCAGCAAGUCAACCAGGCCUCUCGAUCAUUGCUCAAUGAAUUCCGGUUGAGUCCAGCUCAAGGUACCCAUGGCCUGCGUCAGUUCCCGGUGCGUAACAGCAUCCUCGCUGACAACUGCCCACGGGCACCUCCGUGUAAUCCUCGAGCAAAGUACAGAAGUAUUGAUGGCACUUGCAACAACUUGGAGAACCCUUUAUAUGGCAAGAGCGAAACAUCCUUCCAGAGGGUCAUGCCUCCAGUAUACGGCGAUGGUGUGAGUUCGCCGCGCACGAGAUCCGUGACAGGCUCCGAGCUCCCCCUCGAGCGCGUCGUCGCCAGCAACAUUCUCGUAGACCGCGACGACCCUGACCGAGAGUUCACGCUCUCCGUUAUGCAGUGGGCGCAGUGGAUCGACCACGAUCUCACCCACGCUCCCUUUGCCAGUCUCCCCAAUGGUCGGGGCAUCGACUGCUGCCCUAAUGGGCGGGAAGCGACUGGACCGCAACGCCACCCUCAAUGCUGGCCUAUCAGGAUCCCACGGGAUGAUCCCUUCUACGCCCCGAGGGGCAGGUCGUGCAUGAACUUCAUCAGAAGCAUGUUGGGCCUCGACCAGGAGUGCGCUUUUGGAUAUGCUGAGCAGAUGAACCAAGUCACGCACUGGCUUGACGGCUCCAACAUCUACGGGUCCACGAUCGACCAGUCGCAGCGUCUGCGUAUGAACCAAGCUGGCCUCAUGCGCCUCAGCAACGGAGGCCUUCUGCCUCUUGACCCACGGAGCGGCGGUGAUUGCGAAGCUCGCCAGCGAGGAGCUUUAUGUUACCACGCCGGUGACUCUCGCGUAAACGAACAGCCUGGUCUGACUGCGAUCCACACGCUCUUCCACCGCGAGCACAACCGCGUGGCCCGCGGCCUCCAGCAGAUGCAUCCUGGCUGGUCGGAUGAGGCUCUCUUCCAGGAGGCUCGAAGGAUCGUCGUCGCUGAAGUGCAGCACAUCAUUUUCAACGAGUGGCUACCCAUCAUCGUCGGUCAAAAUUUCAUGCAGUCGUUCGGGUUGAAUCCUCUGCGGACCGGUUACAGCUUCGAUUACAACUUCAACAUUAACCCGAACAUGAACAACGAGUUCGCCACUAGCGCAUUUAGAUUCGGGCAUUCACUCGUACAAGGCAUCAUCAACCUUUAUGAUGCCAACGGCCGCAUCUCGACCAUCCGCAUGCGUGAACACUUCAACUCGCCGCACAUUUUCCAGACGGUACCUGGGGUGAUCGACAUGUUCUCGCGCUCCUUCACCCAGCAAGCUAUUCAGAAGUUCGAUUCGUUCGUCACUAAUGACCUAACAAAUCAUCUCUUCCAGACGCCUCAGCAAAACUUCGGCAUGGACCUGAUGAGCCUGAAUCUUCACCGAGGACGUGACCACGGCGUGGCGCCCUACAACGCCAUCAGGGAGGUGUGCGGUCUCCCGCGCGCUCGGGACUUUGCUGGCUUCAAUGACCAGAUCCCCAGCGACAUCGUCGCCAGACUGAGCCAGAUUUACGCGCACCCUGACGACGUCGACUUCUUCGUGGGCGGCAUGUCCGAGAAGCCCGUGUCUGGGGGGCUGUUGGGCUGGACGUUCCUGUGUGUUGUGGGCGACCAGUUCGCGCGCGCCAAGAAGGGAGACAGAUUCUUCUACGAUGUCGGUGGUCAGCCUGGGUCCUUCUCCGAAGUGCAACUGCAAGAAAUUCGUAAGGCUUCUUGGGCUCGAAUUCUGUGCGACAAUUCCGACAACUUGGACGGGGUGCAGCCUCUCGCCUUCCGCUUGCCGAAUCAGAGCUUCAACAGUCCAAGGUCCUGUAGAGGUAACGCUAUUCCUCGCGUCGACCUACGGGCUUGGGCGAACGAAAUUCCGCAGGCCUAAUGGAACUAUAACGUUGAAAUGGAAUGAAAUUAUAGCAUGAUGAUGUUUCAACUGUGUAUAUCUCAGGCAAAUGGCGAUUCUCUAUUAUUGCAGAAGUUGCAUAAUAAUGAAACCUUUCUAUUUGAGAGGAAUGAAAUGGUGGUAUGAUGCUGUUGUCAACGGUGCAAAUGUCAGGCAAAUGAUGAUCGACUUUUAUCGAAUAAUUUAUACAAAUAUAUAAAACCUAUUAAUUGACAUAUUUGCUGAUCUAAGCCGACGUGAGAUAAGAUACAAAAUGAACAUUUUUCUACGUCACUCAUUCGACGAGUCGAUUCACUGUUAAUUUUUAGGUGCUGACAAAAUACGCAAUAUAUUCACUGAUUGCGUAAUUUUUACUCGUAUUUUACUCCAUUAAACUGCUUUACUCUGAC